CAUCGACAAAGUAUCAAAAGACCCCGAGACUCUGAAAAGUGCAAAUGUCAUUAUAUUGGACUUGACUAAAGCAUUUGAUCGGAUAUCGCACGACUAUUUGUCUGCAGUACUCGACCAACUUGGCUUUGGCCCCAGAUUCAAGCGGAUCUUGCUCCUGGUAACGACACAACAAUUUGCAGCCAUUUUUACCAACAACACAAAGUCAGAGACCUUUCCACUCAAACAGGGAACGAGACAAGGCAACCCAGUGCUGCCUAUCCUUUUCAAUCUCUGCUUGGAGCCUCUUUUACAACGAUUACAGAGUCGGCUCGAGGGAAUUCCGAUUCAACUCGACCAUCUACCACCGCUAACAGCGAAAUAUUCAGCCUUUGCAGAUGAUCUCACAGUUUUUGUGAAGGGAACCAGAGAUCAUGAAAUUCUCAAAGAAGAACUUACUCUAUUUGAACAAGCAUCCAACUCGUUGGUCAGUAUCGCCAAGUCCCGAACCUGCCACUGGGGCCAGUCACCUCCCGAAGAUGUUACCAAGAUCCUUGGCUUUGAAGUCCUUGACAUUAGCACCACUGACUACAAAUACCUCGGAGUUCCGCUUAACGGCUUCAGAUGGGAUUCGUAUAUCUCCUCUCUUUCCACACAGCUACAUUUCCACACCAUACAAGAAUUGCCAAUUCAUCUCAGAUGCACGGGGUUCAAUACUUACAUCUUCUCGAAAAUUUACUUCCGAGACCUACAUGAUCCCAUGGCAAAUGACAAUAUCAAGCACAUCAAAAAGAUGGUAAAGGGACAUCUCCCUCGCAUUAGCGACAGAAACCUUAGUAGCUUGAAAAAGAAAGGGGGCUUCGGACUCCUCAAUGUCAAGCAACAGCUCUUAGGAAGACGGGCAAAAGUUAUCUACGAAACGUUGACGAAUCUGGUGGAUUGGAAUCUCAUAGUUCUCCGUGACAAACUUCAAUCCUUCAUUGAUACAAUUUACCCUCCGACACGCAAUCAACUUGAUCCCCUGAAAUGGGACAUCGUACCGUGGUACCUUUUCCUUGUGAAC